AUGAGCGCCACCUUCGCUACCGCCGCUGCUGCCGCCACCGCCUAUCCCUACCACGCGCUCCAGGCCAGCGCUACCAACCAACGACCACCAACCGCAGCCACCGCAGCCCACACAGCGAGCCCGCAAAAGAUGGCCCCGGCGAUCCGCCCAGGACAGUACUCGAGGGCCCCCACCCAGACUUCGGCCCCCCUCGAGCCUCACAGCCCCUCGAAGAGCACCUUCCGCAUCCUAUCCCAGGGUGGCGGGCUCGACCGCAGCGAUGGCCAGGGCGGCAGAAGCAUCGAUCCCCGCACCGCGCCAAACAAGGAGAACAACCCGCCAACCGUCUUUGCAGCAAGGCCAAGCUCCCCCUCUAAACCCGCUUCCAGCGGCUUUUCGAUCGCAAAAAGCAACCCGGUCAUCGACCCCAAGUAUCGGCUGCGCGGCAACUCGCCCGAAGACACCCAGCGAACGGCCAGCAGCUCUAGGCUCAAAAUCCGCACCGCCUCCUCGUCCCACAGCCCGUCCAAGGGAAGGGCACGGAGCCGGAGCCGCAGCCGGCUGUUUGGCGGCAGCAGCAGCAGAGCCGCCUCGCCCGAACCCAUCGAGGAGCCGCCAAAGACGCGCGAGGAGAUCGACGACAGCUUCGUGCGACUCCUCGACGAGAUGCAGGUCCAGCCAGAGCUCAGGAAGAAGCUCCUCUCGCUCGACUCGACAGUCAAGCUCUCGAUGCUCAAAGGCCAGGCCACCCUCAGCCUGUCUGGCAUGGGAUUCGACGACUCGACCAGCGGGUCGCCGACCAAGUCUCGACAGCCGAUCCCGGCCCAGAUGCGGAAAACCAAGAGCAGCGCCAACCUGCAUGACGAGCACGGCUCUGCGUUUGGCGAAGACGACGGCGAGGCCCUGCAGCCGCCCAACCGAUCGCAGAUCUUUGGCGGCGGUCGCAACUCGCGAAGCGCUUCCGGUGGCUCGGUCAGCUCCAGCUCCGAGCACAGCAGCGCAAAGAAUAGCGCAAAGAGGGGCAGCAUCGACGUCUUCCAGGGCCUUCGCGGCGGCCUCAAGUCGCCCAACCUCGGCCAGGGCGGGUCGCUCCUGUCGCUGCAGAGCACCGCCACGGGUACAGGCGGAAGGCAAAGGGCCAUGUCGUUUGGCAAGGAGCUGGCGCUCGGCAAGGAGACGCCGGACGCGUUCGCCGCCAUCCUCAAAAGCGUCGAUGCGCGCCGGCUCGACGUCGACAAGGUCAAGCGAAUGCGGGCCGUCGUGUCUUCCGAGUCGCCCGCCUGGAUCUCGCAGUUUGUCGGUCCCGAGUGUGGCGGCUACGACGCCAUGCUGGUCCGCCUCGACGAGCUGCUUAGCAUGGAGUGGCGCGAGGAGCAACACGACGACAAGCUCCUCCACGAGCUGCUGAGGUGCUUUGUCGCCCUGAGCACCACCGAGGUCGGCCGCGGGGCGCUCCAGCAGCAGGCGCCGACGCCCUUCAAGCAGCUCAUCGACCUCCUCUUUUCGGAAAAGAAGCCCGGCGAGCUGCCGACGCGCAAGCUCAUGGUCGACCUGGUCGCCCUCGUCCUCGACCUGCAGCUCCCCGCGACGGCGCAGUCGGCGACGAGCCCGCUCAACUUUCUGCUGCAGCUGCUGCAGAACCCCGUCGACCCGGCCAAGGAGGCCGUCGUCGACUUCAUCAAGCAGACGCACACGCCGCGCCCCUUCAAGGUCUACCUCACCGAGCUGGCCUCGGUCUGCCGCGACUACUUCUGGGUCUUCUGUCACUCGCAGAACCGCUACUGGCGCUACGAGGAGCUCGACGUCGAGACCAUCAAGACGCCAAAGGUGCCCGGUGGGAUGACGGGCGGCGUCGAGUUCGAGGCGAUGGGCUAUCUUACGACGCACUUCCGACUGAUCAACUCGAUCGGCGAAGCGCUGGCGCAGCCCGCGGGGCAUGGCCCCGUCGCCACACGGCCCGACAUGUCGGCGUACGACUUUCACGCGCACCUGUUCGCCUCGGGCAUGGAGCGGAUCGUCGCGCACCUGCGCCGCUCGUCGCAGCACUACUACUCGCCGAUGCACCUCGAGCUGGCGCGCUACAUCUCGCUCGCCACGGCGGCGCGGUACGCGCUGCCGCACCACAUCACCGACUGGCUGAUGCCGUCGCGGAAUCCGGCGCCCGCGCCGACCUACCAGCUUGGCAGCCUGGGCACGGGCUACGGCUUCUCGGGCCAAUUUAUCCACUCCCUGGUGCCCGCUCGUCAGUCGUCGAUCGAGGAGGAAGCUGCGUCGCCGCAACCGUCUGGCGCGGGAGGGGUCAGGGCCGUGGUAGCCAGCGGCGAGUCGGCCCAGACGACGGCGGCGACCAACGCACCCGCCAUCCCGGCGCACCAGAACCUGUUCCGCGGCGCCGAAGUCGCGGUAACGGCCCACAACGGCCGAGCCUCGCCGACCAAGGACAAGGACAAGGACGUCUCGCCUCCUUCACCGUCGAAACCCUACGCAUCCGGGCGCUGGCUCGCCAACGCCAGCAAACCCGGGCCCGCUGCCCCCGCCUCGACCGCCGCAGCAGCAGGACCGAGCGGCAAUCUGCCCAAUCCGCACUCGGUGUCGCCGACGACGGCGCAGAUGGAGCUCGCGCCGCCGCGCCCGCUCGGCCGGGCCGCAGAGGACUCGGUCGUCGGCUCGGCCAUCAAGAAGUGGGAGUCGCGUGCCAAGCCCGCCGCCGCGCCUAACCCGUCUCGAGCUGGUCUGGGACUCGGUUGGGCCAGCUGA